AUGGAAGCGAUGCUGUUUGGAUUAGAUGAGGUGGUGUGCACGCGACAUGGGCUCUUGUGGACACUGACAUCCACAGCUCUGAAGAGGCUCAGGAGCCCCACCAGCACUCACCUGCCAGGGCCCCUGAGCCGGCUGCACUGUCACAGAGGGCUGUCCCGGCCGCUAUAUCAGAGCGGGUGUGAGGAGGCCUGUGUGCAGCUGGACUUUUCAUUCUCGCCAAAGUAA